CCCAAACAAACCAUGAAAACAAACCAAGGCAAGAAAAAUAAUCCGUGUACAUGAUUAGCCUGCAGCAGAACGUCUUACACGAGUUUCCCCAGCUGAUUCACAGACAUUUCAGUUGACAAUAUUGGCGUUUAGAUCAGCUGCAUUUUAUCUUGGUGUUUUAAUAUUGACCUCAGACAGUGGUGUUUAUUUGCAAGAGAUGCGCUCCAGCGGUCUGCGAUGGACAGGAGUCCUCUGAGCUGCAUUGCCGCGAUUACUUCACCCUGCAUCAGGGCUUAUUACAUAAUUGGCGAUUUGGCACAAAGUACCACUAUAGAAGUAGUGAACGAUAUUAUUACUCGUCCAUAUAUAAUGAAAAGAUAAUAUAUAGUGAUAAAUAAGUAAAUGUCAAAGGUUUAGUGAUCGCCUCAAGAAAAGCUGAGAAUCGGUGUGUGUCCUGCGUUGUUUCCCCUCUGAACCUCCAAUCCCGUCUCUCCCCUGAAGGUCUCUCUGCCUUUCCCUCCAGACAACGCAAUGAGCCGCUCGAAAAGAGGGAGACACGUCGCUUUUGAUGCUCGAGAAAGAAGUUAAAUCGACCGUGUGCGUGAAACCAACAUGAGAUACGCAGCAGAAUAUAUCUGGAUUAUGAGGAAAUGACCUGAACUGUGCAAUAACCAGAAGAUGAUGGUGAUGAUGGAGAGAAUUCGGCUUUACCUUAUGAAAUGGAUUUGUCUGCGCUGGGCUUGGGUUUGUGUGGCUGCCUGUGGCGGUAAGGUGGAGUUACACACUGAGAGGAGAGGAGUGAUCUACAGCCCAUCAUGGCCCCUCAAUUACCCAGCCGGAGUGAAUUGCAGCUGGAAUAUACAGGGAAGCCGUGGAGAUGUGAUCACAAUAAGUUUUCACAGCUUUGAUGUGGAGGACACGGCGGACUGCAGGGGGGACUGGCUGUUGCUCGGCCCCACAUGGAAAGCUGACUAUCGGUUCUGUGGCUCAGUUCUUCCUCCUCCCUUCAUCUCCUCCAGAGGACGAGUCUGGGUCUACUUCCACUCUCAGGCCAACAGCUCCGGACAGGCACAGGGCUUCAGACUGUCUUAUAUACGAGGUCGACUGGGUCAAAGUAGUUGUGAGAACGAUGAAUAUUUAUGUGGAAACGGUAAGUGCGUUCCACGUUCCUGGCGCUGUAAUGGAUUGGAUGAGUGCGGCGACAAUACAGAUGAAAGGAUCUGUGCCGCCCCACCCACACCCGCCCGGGUGAGUCUGUGUCCGCCAGGCACCUUGCAGUGCUCUGAUAUCCAAUCUACCCGCUGUCUUCCGGUGUCUCUACGCUGUAACGGAGCCAGGGACUGCCCUGACGGAUCUGACGAGGCCCACUGCCCCGACACGUCCUGUGGAAAACGCUUAGUCAACUUCUACGGGACAUUUGCUUCACCUGAUUUUUUCCGUCCAAAUAGAAGCAGCGGCACAGAUCUUCACUGCAUGUGGUUCCUGGACACACAAGACCCAAAGCCGCUGGUGCUGCAGGUGGACCUGCAGCUGGGUGUGGGAGACUCUGUGCGCGUUUACGAUGGAUUGGGAGAGCGUGCAGAACGUCUUCUGCAGAGUCUCUCCCACCAUAAUAACCACAGACGAGCCCUGCUGGAGUCUUCCCAGGGACAGAUGAGCAUCUUCUACCACGCUAAACCACACAGCCCUGGACACGGAUUCAAUGCCACUUACCAGGUUAAGGGGUACUGCUUUCCAGGUGAGCAUCCAUGUGGCACAGACGAGGGCUGUUACUCUGAGCUGCAGCGCUGUGAUGGUUACUGGCAUUGUCCUGGGGGGCGAGAUGAGGAGGAAUGCCCGCUGUGCCAGCCAGGAGAGUAUCCCUGUGAGGGUGGCAGCGGGGCAUGUUACUCAGCUUCUGAGAGGUGUAACAACCAGAAGAAAUGCCCCGACGGCUCGGAUGAGAAAAACUGCUUUGUCUGCCAGCCUGGAAACUUCCACUGCGGAACCAACCUGUGCAUCUUUGAGACGUGGCGGUGCGAUGGGCAAGAGGACUGUCUCGAUGGCAGUGAUGAAAGAGACUGUCUGGCCUCUGUGCCCAGGAAGGUGAUCACAGCGGCUCUGAUUGGCAGCUUGGUCUGCGGCCUGCUGCUGGUCAUCGCACUGGGUUGUGCAUUUAAACUCUAUUCGCUCAGGACAAGAGAGUACAGAGCUUUUGAAACCCAGAUGACCCGACUAGAGGCGGAGUUUGUUCAGAGGGAGGCUCCACCCUCCUAUGGUCAACUAAUAGCUCAAGGUCUCAUACCCCCAGUGGAUGACUUUCCAGUCUACAACCCCACGCAGGCAUCUGUUCUGCAGAAUCUCCGUUCGGCUAUGCGGAGGCAGAUUCGCCGUCACUCCUCUCGUCGUUCCUCGUCACGGAGGCGACUUGGUCGUCUGUGGAAUCGCUUGUUCCAUCGUGGCUCUCGGUUACGGGGUCAGAUUCCACUCCUCACGCCUCCGGGUCCGGGUCCCACACACACAAACACGCACUCCGAUCUGAGCCUCCACAGCUACAACACAGCGGACGAUGGCGGCGAGGAGUCGCGAGAGAGCGUGGGACAGACUCCGUCACCCUGUUCGACGGUGGCGCUGGGAUUGGCGCUGCAGGCUCACACUGAGGCCCUCUGCCUACCUGACAGAGAGUCUCCGGCUUCUCCUCUCUCUCUGCCCUCACCCGGCUCGCCCCGCUCCACCUCUGACACCCUGGAGGACGAAGAUGAUGAAGAUGACAGAAGUUCAGAGGGGAUGAGAGCUAGACCCAAACAGGGCAUUUCCCCAAAACAUAAAGAUGCCGAUAGCCCUCCUGGAACUCCCGAUAGCCCCAAACGUAGCACGAGCCGUUCGAGAUCCUCCAGACGGCUGGUGCAGGAACUGGCUGCAGAGCUCAGAGGAGUCUCUCUCCUACGCUACACCUCUGUGGGCAUCUCACCGCUUUCUUCCCCAGAGUCACCGAUGUCCUCCAGCAGUCAGUCUGAGGAGCAGAGGAGCUUUCCUACAUUCAGAAAACCACACACAGACUCGCUCACAGAUGCUCACGGACACUCCAGGAAAUCAUCAGGAACGGAAGAUGUUCCCGGUGAUUGUGUCAGGCUUUGCAGACUCACAACUAGUGAGGAAGAGGAUGAUGAGAUUCUGUUAGUGCACUGAGAAGCCUUUAUCCACCCCCCUCCCCCCAUUCUGAUUUUGUGCCAACACAGUGAGCCUUACCAGGUUCAACCAACAGACUUCCAUUUAGAGUCAUAAAGUAUGUUUACAUGCACAGCUAUUAUCAAGCUUUUUGCAAAGACGAGCUACAGUCUUCAUCUGACUGAAUAUAUGGCAAAAUGCAAAUAUUUGAAGGAUUAAAUAAAUGUUGAGCGUCACCUCAGUCUUUUGGAGAAUGUCACAAUGCCAAGGCCAAUUGUAGUCUGAAUAACAUGUAUACAUGUUGGGCGAAGCCGAACUCCAGUCACGCCUGGGUCUGUUUGUCCGACUUUGCAAAAACCACACUGGUUCUAUUUCAGUCAGGCUAAAGCGUUACAUGACAUUUUAAAAAGACAAAUUAUUGCUUUAGUUAGACUGAAAUUGAAGUGCAUGUAAACAUACAGUACCAUUCAAAAGUUUGGGGUCAAAUUGUUUUUUGUUUUUUUAAGAAAUGGAUAUUUUAUUUAGCAAGGAUGCAUUGCAUUGAUCAAAAGUUACAAUAAAGAC